AUGCCUACCACAAUCCUCCCCCGCUGGCCUCACAUCCUCUUCGCCAUCCUCGAGCCUCUCUCCCUAAUCGGCGGCUGGCUGUACCCCCUCCUCAACCUCCCCAGCUUCAUCACCGACCAAAUCCCCAACACGCCGGCGCUGGACGCGGACUCCAUCCCCCCGUCCUCCAUAGCGCUCGCCUACCAGCUCUCCAGCCUCUACGGGCUCCUCUGCCUGCUCGGUGUGGCCACGCUGUACUCCACGCGCGAGCCCGCCGUCCUGCGCAACUAUCUGCUCGCGCUGGCGGUCGCGGACGUCGGGCACGUCUACGUCACGGGCCUGGCCAUGGGCUGGGACGCGUUUGUCGAUGUCGCGGGGUGGAAUGUGCUGACCUGGGGGAAUGUGGGGGUUACGGCGUUCUUGUUUGGGAAUCGGGUUUUGUAUUUCCUGGGCGUUUUUGGGUAUCCCCGUCUUCCUGUGGAGGAGGAUAGGAAGCGUGUGUAG